AAGUACUUGGCACUGACUUUCAGUUUCUCUCUACAACAAUAGGUGAGGUCAGCUGACGCAGGUCACACCCUCUAUUGAUUGCCCAAGUGAAACCAGACAGGGGCGGUAUUUCACUACAAGCCUAGCUUAUAAGAGUAAAAUCUGAGACUUCAGUAAACAAGCACUGAAUCUUGGACAGAAGAAGGAUUGAGCCAGCUUAGUUACUUUGGUUGUGGAUUCAACAAGAAUAGCCUGAAUUUUUGGACGGCGAAAGUCUCAAGAGUGGUUGGUUGCUGAAACAUUAAGAUGGACAAACCACAGAAGGGCUACACGGCUGACCAGGUGAAGGAGUCUCAAAAGAACUCUGGAAAGCAACCGGUCACAGCCUGUCUGUUCAGCGCAGCCUUCUUCGGUGCCCUGGGGUCUUCUUUCAUUUACGGCUACAACCUCUCUGUGGUCAACGCUCCCGCUUUGUACAUUAAAGCUUUCUACAAUAAGACAUGGAAUGAGAGAUAUGGGGAGCCUCUUCCAGCAGAGACAGCCACCCUCCUCUGGUCCGUCACAGUGUCCAUAUUUGCCAUUGGAGGUCUUCUUGGAGCGCUGUCUGUCUCCAUAAUCCUCAAAGUGCUGGGAAGAAAAGGAACCUUGCUGCUGAAUAACUGCUUCGCUGUGGCUGCUGUUCUGCUGCUGACCUUUGGUGAAAGGGCCAAGUCUUUCGAGAUGCUCAUUGUUGGCCGGUUCAUAAUAGGGGUGGACUCUGGCAUAGCUCUCAGUGCCCUCCCCAUGUACCUGGGAGAAAUUACGCCAAGACAUAUUCGAGGUUCCAUUGGCCAGUUCAACUCCAUCCUGAUCUGCUUAGGUGUGUUCACAGGACAAGUGCUGGGGCUGCCUGAGCUGCUGGGUCAGGAAUCCAGGUGGAACUACCUGUUCACCUUCCUGGCUUUGCCAGCAAUGCUGCAGCUGUGCGUGCUGCCCUUCCUCCCAGAAAGUCCUCGCUACCUGCUGAUAGAGAGGAGGGACGAGGCUGGAGCAGAAAGAGCCUUCCAAAGGUUUUUGGGAAAGAAGGAUGUGUCCCAGGAGCUGGAGGAGGUCCAUGCGGAGGCUCGUGCUCAGGACAACCUACACGCUGCCUCUGUUUUACAGCUGCUGAGGAGCCCAGCUGUUCGCUGGCAGCUCAUCACCAUCAUCAUCACCAUGGCCUGUUAUCAGCUCUGUGGCCUGAACGCUAUCUGGUACUACACGAGCGGGAUCCUACGGGAAGCAGGUUUUGCUGAGAACGUUCUCCCGUACAUCACACUAAGCACCGGGGCCAUAGAGACUUUGGCUGCCAUCAUCUCGGGCUUAGUGAUAGAACGAAUUGGGAGGAAGCCCCUCCUCAUCUUUGGUUUCUCUGCCAUGGCCGUGUUCUUCAGCCUACUCACAGUGUUCCUCAAUUUCCAGGACAGUCUGUCGUGGAUGCCCUACCUCAGUUACAUCUGUAUACUGGCUGUGAUUGCGUCCUUCUGCUCUGGGCCAGGUGGCAUCCCGUUUAUCCUGACCGGUGAACUGUUUGAACAGUCCUACCGACCUGCCGCCUUCAUGAUCGCUGGCACAGUAAACUGGCUGUCCAACUUUGCUGUGGGCCUCCUGUUUCCAUUCAUUCAAGAGGCGCUGCAGUCCUUUGCCUUCUUGGUGUUCGUGGUGGUCUGCAUGUUGGGAUCUAUCUACCUCUAUGUUGUCCUCCCUGAGACCAAAAACAAAACAUUUAUGGACAUCAGUCAGAGCUUUAACAAGAUCAACAAAAUCCCUGUCCCCUCCCCCAGCCAUGAAAUGGAGUUGGUUCUGUCCAGUAAGCCUGGUGUGAAUGGAAAAGACCAAGAUGUUGCUAAGAUGGAGAGUUCCUUCUAG